AGACUCCUGAAGGAAGCUGUCUGAAUACACAAUGGCAUCAUCAGCCGCUCUGUCCAAGGCCAACACCAGCUUCUGUCUGGAUCUGUUCAAGAAACUGAGUGACAACGACAAGGCAGCAAAUGUCUUUUACUCUCCAUUUAGCAUCUCCUCAGCCCUGGCUAUGGUGAUGCUGGGGGCCAGAGGCAACACACACACACAGAUGUCAGAGAGUCUGAAGACCAAGCACUGUCAGGACGACGUUCACGCUGACUUCAGAAAACUGCUGAAUGCACUCAACAAGGCACAUGCUCCGUACUCCCUCAGUGUUGCCAACAGACUGUACGGGGAGCAGUCCUACCAGUUUGUAGAGGAUUUUUUGGGAGAAACCAGGAAGCACUACAAUGCAGAGCUGAAGUCUGUGGACUUCAAAACCAGCCAUGAAGCAGCAAGACUUAACAUCAACAAGUGGAUGGAGAAGCAGACUCAAGGUAAAAUUCAGAAUGUGCUGGCCCAGGGUGUGGUGGACAACAUGACCAGGCUGGUGCUGGUGAAUGCCAUCUACUUCAAAGGAAACUGGAACAAGCAGUUUAAGGAGAAUGACACAAAAGAUGCUCAGUUCAGAAUCAACAAGAAUGAGACAAAGCCAGUGAAGAUGAUGUAUCAGGAAACCAAGUUCCCUUACUCCUUCAUCUCUGAAGUCAACUGUCAGGUCUUGGAGAUUCCUUACAAAGGGAAGGUGCUCAGCAUGCUUAUAUUUCUCCCCAUGGAUAUAGACGAUAGUUCAACUGGUCUGGAGAAGCUGGAGAAGAAGCUGACCUAUGAGAACUUUGUGAAGUGGACUCGUCGAGACAAGAUGAAUAAAAAGAAGCUUGAACUGGGCCUGCCUCGGUUCAAGAUAGAGGAGAGUUAUGACAUGAAGGAUGUCCUGAUCAGCAUGGGCAUGGUGGAUGCCUUCGAUGAGGCAAUGAGUGACUUCUCAGGCAUGUCUCCUUCCAAAGACCUGAUGCUGUCAAAGGUUGUUCACAAGGCUUUUGUUGAGGUCAAUGAGGUGGGAACCGAGGCUGCUGCUGCCACUGCUGACAUCAUGAUUCCGCACUGUCUUCCAAUGCCUCCACCCAGAUUCAUUGCAGACCAUCCCUUCCUCUUCUUUAUCCGACAUAACCCCACAAUGAGCGUUCUGUUUGCCAGCCGCUUCUGCUCCCCUCAGGAAGCUACAUUGUUGAGCUUUUGA